AUGGCUCUUGAUGCCCUGACUUCGGAUCAUCCCCAUCCGACGGAUAAGGAUUUCGUCUUUGAGUGUUUGAAGGCAUUCAAUUCGAGCAAAGGGAAGAUCGACAUCGACGUUGUUGCCGCAGCUUUGGGUUACACGAAUGCAAAGUCUGCCGCAAACCGCUGGAAUUCUCUGAAGAGAACUCAUGGCUUUAAGCUGGACGCGACGUCUGGAAGGCCGAGCAUUGAACCCCCUCAGCCUGCGCGGGGCCGGAAGCGUGGCCCAAAACCUCCUAGCGAUGACGACAAGCCUGAUGAGACCGAUCACGAUGCAUCUCCAGACAUCGCGUAA